GGCCGCCAUGUUGGAUCGAAGCGUUCCAGCUGAGCCCGCUUGGCGGUAAGUCAUCGGUUUCAUUCAUGACAUCAUGCGUGUUAGGCCGGCGAGACGAAAACAAAGAUGGCUGCCGGUUUGAACGGGCUUCGCAAGCUAUGUCUUGGCGGCUUGAGAUCUCCGGCAAGGCUUUUGCCACGGGUUUUAGGUGUCAAUGGUUGUCAACACCAGCAGACCAGACCCUUGUCUAUUCACGAACAUUACAGUAUGAAACUUCUUCAAGAAGCAGGAAUACUUAUACCUCAGGGCGGUGUUGCUAAAACGCCAGAACAAGCUUAUGAAAUAGCUAGUACUCUAGGUACGUAUUACCUUGCAAUUUUAAAUAUCGUUGUGUUGUAUUCGAUAUUUAUAGUAAUUAUAGCUUACAUCAGACCUGACGAAGCAAAAGAAAUGGCAUCUAGAAUGCUUGGUAAAAAGCUCUUCACAAAGCAAACAGGAGAACAAGGAAGGAUAUGCAAUGAUGUUUACAUUUGUGAGAGAUUGUAUGCAAGAAGAGAAUAUUAUUUUGCCAUUGCUUUAGAGAGAGCCUUCAAGGGUCCCGUAUUAGUUGGCAGUCAGCAAGGAGGAGUUGAUAUUGAACAGGUGGCCAAAGAUUCUCCAGAAGCUAUUGUUAAAAUGGGAGUCGAUAUCAUCAACGGUCUAUCAAAAUCUGAUGCUGUGGAGUUUGCCAGGAGGAUGGGUUUCAGUGAAAGCUGUGCAGACCAAGCUGGUGAAUGGAUACUCCGUCUUUAUGACUUGUUUAUUGGAAGAGAUGCAACAUUGAUUGAAAUAAACCCCAUGACUGAAGAUUUGCUAGGAAGAGUUGUAUGCAUGGAUGCCAAGUUGCUCUUUGAUGACAAUGCAGAGUUUCGACAGUCAGAAAUCUUCACCUUAAAGGACUGGUCACAAGAGGAUGCGAGAGAAGUGGAGGCAGGAAGAGCAAAUCUUAACUAUAUCGGUCUUGAUGGCAGCAUUGGAUGUCUAGUGAAUGGUGCCGGCCUGGCCAUGGCCACCAUGGACAUCAUUAAGUUGCAUGGUGGUGAGCCAGCAAACUUUCUGGAUGUUGGGGGUGGUGCUACAAUAGCGCAGGUCAUGGCAGCCUUCAAGAUCAUCAGUGAGGACAAGAAGGUCCAUGCUACUCUUGUUAACAUCUUUGGCGGAAUCAUGCGCUGUGACAUCAUAGCAGAGGGAAUUAUUGCUGCAGCAAGAGAGCUUGAGCUCGGCAUACCUAUUGUUGUUCGAUUGCAAGGAACACGAGUGGAUGACGCUAAGGCCCUUAUUGCUGCCAGCGGGUUAAGAAUUAUUGCUUGUGAUGAUCUUGAAGAGGCUGCCGAGAUGGUUGUUCGUCUUUCCAAUAUUGUUGAACUAGCCAGAAGUGUGAAAAUGAAGGUCAACUUUGAACUGCCGAUCUAAAGAGAGUUCUAUAAUUCUGUAACGUAGCAUUGUGUGAUAUUUCUAAGUUCUUCAUUAUAUAGCAAUGCUACAAGAUUUCUACGAGGCAAAACUCACUCUUUUGUGAUACAUGUAUAGUCCCAAAUGAUACAAAAUUAUGCAUUUAUGGGACAAUACAAGUAAAUCGAUGGAAAGGUAACUGAAAUAUGUCAGAUGGGGUCAUUUGUGGAAUCGUGAAUGCAUUUGUGGGUUUGGAUAUAGCUAUGUACUUGUCUAUUUCUGUCACCUCGAUGUAUAUUUAUGACAAUUUUUAUGGUGUUGCUUUAUUGCCUGUACGAUCUCGUAAUUGUCCCUGGCCACGUAUCUGAGUUUCUGAAGACAUAUCAGUACCUGUCGAAAUAAAUUUUUAGCUAUAUGAA